UACAAGUGACAACAUGUGAUCGUGAUCCUUUAGUGUUAAUCAUUAGCAGUACGAAACUGCGCUCGGCAUUUGCAUCGCGUCACACAGCACGGCAUAGUGGUGUCUACCGCACGGAGAUCUGCCUGAUCUUAAAAAUAGGACCGAUCAAGUCUGCCUUUUCCAUUACAAAGCUUUUGAUUCUGUGAAGAAUGCCCUUGAACGUUUUUUAGCCAUUAAAGUGUCUUGUUAGCAGCCGGGAGUGACGUAACUGUCGAGUGCACGACGUCAGUCUACAUGAAAUACUGCAGUAUUCGGUGAAGCAGUGAAGGAUUUACAAGGGCGUUUGAAGGAUAGCUUUUUGACUUUACAACAAUCUUAUAAAACAAAAUCUGACGAAAACAAUUGUAUUUGCCUGCAGCAUAAAAUCUAGGGUACAUUGGAUAAUAUAUACAAAGUGUUAAUCAUGUUUAUACACUUUGUUCUAAGUGGAAUUUUGACGACAUCGAUUUAUUCUGAGAGUUUAGCUCAAAAUGAAAUUGUAAUUGCUGGUUUGUUUCCGACUUCUCGUGAUAUUCCGGCCGGAGCUAUUGGACGUGGUGUGCGUCCGGCUGUACAGCUAGCACUCGAUAUGGUCAAUAAUGACACGACUAUUCUUAAGGAUUACGUCCUUCGGAUGACGUCAAAAGAUACCGAGUGUGAUAUGGCCAAAGCGACAAAGAUUUUCUUUGACAUGAUGGCCGAGAACACUACAAAAAUCAUGCUGUUUGGUGACGCUUGCUCUAACGUCACUGGACCCAUGGCGCAGAUAUCUAAAUGGUGGAAUAUGUGGCAGUUGUCAUACGCCGAUACAGAUCCAAAGCUCUCGGAUCGAUCGACCUACAGUAACUUUUUCCGGACAGUUCCGAGUGAUACCGACUUUAAUCCGGCUAUGAUCGCCAUUCUCCGACACUUCAACUGGACCCGAGUGGGAACAAUUUUUCAGGAUCCCUCUACUGGUUCGGACAGAUACGGAAUCGCACACUCUCGCUUAAUCGAGUUACUGGAUGACGCUGGAAUUGAUGCGGUGAAAGUAGAGAGUUUCCUAGCCGAGCCAGACACGGCUGUUGCCCAUUUAAAGGCUGAUGAUGUGAGGGUGAUACUUGGAUUUUUCGACCACGAAAUGGCAAGAAAGGUGUUCUGUAGUGCCCGCAGACGAGGGAUGUACGGUCAGAAAUACCAGUGGAUUAUCAUGGGGGAUUAUCCUGCUCAAUGGUGGCGAUCAAACAACACCGAGGACUGCAGUAACAAGGAGUUAGAGGUCGUCAUCGAAGGUUACAUGUCCUCCGAAGUGUUACCUCUUAGUAGCAGCAAUGAAGUCACUAUAUCAGGACUGACUUCAUACGAGUACUUCCAGCUGUACAACACCAGUCGUGGACUGGAGUUCAGCAAAUACCAUGGUUACGCUUUUGACGGUAUUUGGGUCAUUGCCAAAGCAAUGGAUCAGAUCCUGCGACAUACCGACCCAAUGUCAAUCAAGGAAGAAACAUUCAGAGGACCUCCUGUUGCCUCAGCUCUUAACGAAACAAACUUCAUGGGAGUGACGGGACGCGUACAAUUUGACGGCGCUGAUCGCAUAGGCCAAGUCCUUCUUCUGCAAUACCAAGGAGGGGUAAUGAUGAAGAUAGGGGAGUACAAACGGGCUAAUGACGACCUUAUGCUGCUAGAUACAAUACGAUGGCGGGGAAAUGGUCCUCCACGUGACCGGAACCUGCGCCGAUGGGAGGUGCAGAGAGUUUCUGUUGCGGCUUAUAGCGUCAUUUGUUUUCUAGCUGGUAUCGGCAUUGUUAUGGCGACAGUUUUUCUCAUAUUUAACAUCAUUUUUCGAAACCAUGGGUAUAUCAAGAUGUCAAGCCCAUAUAUGAACAAUGUUAUCAUAGUUGGGUGUAUCCUGUGCUAUCUGAGUGUAUUUCUCCUAGGAACUGACAGUGGUGUCGUGCCUACAAACAUUGUUAAAUACGUAUGUGUGGUGCAGUCUUGGGUUUUGUCCAUAGGAUUUUCACUCGCCUUUGGAGCAAUGUUCAGCAAGACCUGGAGAGUUCAUGCCAUAUUUACCAAUAUCAAGCUUAACAAAAAGAUAAUCAAGGACUAUAAGUUAUUUAUUAUGGUAUGUGUGCUGGUACUGAUAGACGCUGGGAUCCUCAGUGCUUGGCAAAUAAUGGAUCAUUUGUAUAUGACAACAAAGGACCUUCCUGCUCUGGUAGUAGGUGAAUACGAAGUCAUUCCAACCAUAGAGUAUUGCACCAGUAAUGCAAUGAAGAUCUGGCUUGGCAGUUUAUACGCUUACAAGGGCUUGCUAUUAGUAUUCGGCUGUUUCCUUGCAUGGGAGACAAAGAAUGUCACGAUUUCCGCUCUGAACGACUCGAAGUACAUAGGAAUGAGUGUAUACAAUGUUGUAAUCAUGUGUGUGUGCGGAGCCGCCAUAUCUUUCACCAUCAAAGACCAGCCUACGCCCGCUUUUGUCAUCAUCAGUCUGUUUAUAGUCUUCUGUACGACAAUCACCUUGUGUCUCGUGUUUGUACCAAAGAUGGUUGAGUUACACCGAGAUCCGUCAGGCGAAGGACGAAGAAUUCGGGCUACACUGAGGAGAAAAAAGAAAAACAAGCAAGAAAAUGGUAAAACCUUCCAGAAACGGAUUAAAGAUGUUUUAGAGGAAAAUGAAAAGUACAAAGAAAUUAUAAAGGAGAAGAGUGCUGAAAUUAAAAGUCUACUGGAGCAGCUAGGCGAGGACACGAGUGCGUAUGAAGUCGACUUCAGACCUCAGAUGCACAAAAAGGUGAUGGAGUUACGUAUAUCGGAUGUUUCUCCUGCGUCGUCGGCGACAGAGAUGGACAACAUGUCAAGUUUCUCUGACGGCAGUGCCUUCACGCACACCACGUGCUCAGAAUCACCACAGGUCCGUCAGCGCCACCUGUUGAGAUCCAAGGGAUCCAUGGGAGGUAGUGACACUGAAUGCAUGGAACUCUCGGAGACCAGCUCCAAAAAACCAAAUUAUUACAAACCUACACAAAGUCAACUAUCAGGAACUGGGACAGGAGAGCAGGGCGUGUGUAGUGUAAAGAACGGACCAACGGAAACGGACAAGAUUGAUUUCUCCUCGACUGAAAACUACGGAUACACAAGAACGCUUACCAAAAGUUGUCUCCAGAUGAAUGACAAGGGCGUUCAAGCAGGGGACGGACAGCUGAGCAGACGACCAAGAUGGAAACCGCCCUGUAAAGACCCAGAGUGUAGCAGCAAAUACGAAACAGUGGCAUCUAUAUCAGAAGCGAAGCCAGUUGAAAUGUCUCCUGGUAGGCGUCUAAAUGCCCUUAUACAGUGCAGUCCUAUGACGGUGAAUGCUUUGGUCCACGAAGAGGAGGCCAUUCCGGUGCCCGCGUGGCAGCAUGACGACAUGGGAAGGAUCAAGGACGAAUCAGAUGUCCUUGAACCUCUUCUUGACGGAUGUAGGCACGCUGCAGUCAAAACUUUUUGUUCCACCAAAAAACUUAAAUUAGAAAAAAGACUGGACGAUAUCUCAGAAUAGCUCUCUAUAUCAAAUGUAUUUCUGAUUAAAUACUUAUAUUUGGACAUUUAAAACAUUUGUAUAUAGUAGAAAUGCAAUAUAUUUCUUAUAUCAAGCUUGAACUUAAAGUAUAUCAGCGUUUAAAUCAUUGCUUGAUCUUUGAGUGCAUAGUAUAUUAAACUGAAAAUGUGCAGCUAAAUACGCUAUCUAAACUUUUCUAUAGUCCAAAAACAGAAUGACAAAUACAAAAGUGUUUGCAUUAAAUUUCAUCAGAAAAAUUCUUGUUCAAAAUAUUUUUUGCCACGUUCCCUACACUGUAUAUUGUAUGUAUCUUUACUACGCAUGCGUUGAUUUUCGAAAAAUGAUUCCCUGUUAAAACAGGUUUUGAAUAUCUUAAGUUGCAAAAGCAAACAAACCUGUUUUCAGAGACCACCUUCGAGAAAUCCAUAUAGUGAUCAUUUAUUACAGAUGGUAUCUUUAUACAUGUUUCAGUCAACAUGAGAAUAACAGUAUUUGUGAGAUUUAGAGGUGUUUUUAACGCUGUGUUCUCUAAAAAGAGGUUUUCUCUUAAUGAUAUCACAAACUGCAGAUGGGACAAAAUUGUUUACCCAACGUUUGGCAGAGCUGUACCAUUUUUUACAUAAAGUUCUGAUUUUUGUGGCGUUUGUUAUUUCAUUGAUUUCAUCAUCCACGAAAACAUAGGUCCACAAAGUAGUUACAAGAUUUACAUAAAGCUAUUCUCCAUUUGAGUUGAUAUUUUAUUUGCAAUAUGCCAAUGCAUGUACCCACGAAAUGGUGUUUUGUCGGGAAAACACAAAAAUUGGGCACCACGAAAAUAUCUGAUUUCACAGCACGCCUUUGAUUAAUAUAUUCUUGUUGUCGCCAUGGCAUUUAUUUUGUCGGUAGAUAUACAAUAGGAUGCUUAAGAGUAUUCGGUCAGUUGUUAUCAGAUACUUACGGUGCUAGUUGCAGAAAGAAAGAAAGAAAUACAUAUAUGUGAAUGCUUAUAACAUUGUUAUAUGGAGAUAUAAUAUGUAAAUGAAGCAGUGUUGUUGUAUUCAUUGUUAAAUCAGAUGUGCAAAUAUUUAGUGCAUUUGGCUGCUUCAAAAUAUUAAUACAGAUAUUUACACUGUAUUUAUUAAUUAAUCUUGUUAUUGUAUUAAGAAAU